AUGGUGAUGGGGCUAUGGCACCAGCACUUCUCCCUGAAAGUGGCCAACGAACCCAUCUUGGCAUUCACCCAGGGCAGCCCUGAGCGAGAUGCACUGCUAAAGGCCUUGAAGAAACUCAAGGGCCAGACAGAAGCCAUCCCGUGUGUGGUGGGGGACGAGGAGGUGUGGACCUCAGAUGUGCGGUACCAGGUGUCGCCCUUCAACCAUGGACACAAGGUGGCCAAGUUCUGUUACGCAGACAAGGCCCUACUUAACAAAGCCAUUGAAGCUUCCCUGGCUGCCAGGAAAGAGUGGGACCUGAAACCUGUCGCCGACCGAGCCCAGAUCUUCCUCAAGGCGGCAGAUUUGUUGAGUGGGCCCCACAGGGCCGAGAUCCUCGCCAAGACCAUGGUGGGACAGGGCAAGACCGUGAUCCAGGCGGAGAUCGAUGCCGCUGCUGAGCUCAUUGAUUUCUUCCGCUUCAAUGCCAAGUUCGCCGUGGAGCUGGAGGGCGCGCAGCCCAUCAGCGUGCCACCCAGCACCAACAGCGUGGUGUACAGGGGCCUGGAGGGCUUCGUGGCGGCCAUCUCUCCCUUCAACUUCACUGCGAUUGGCGGGAACCUGGCAGGUGCUCCAGCCCUGAUGGGCAACGUGGUCCUGUGGAAGCCCAGUGACACCGCCAUGCUGGCCAGCUACACUGUGUACCGUGUCCUCCGGGAGGCAGGUCUGCCCCCCAACAUCAUCCAGUUUGUACCAGCAGAUGGGCCCGUGUUUGGGGACACGAUCACCAGUUCAGAGCACCUCUGUGGCAUCAACUUCACUGGCAGUGUGCCCACUUUCAAGCACUUGUGGAAGCAGGUAGCCCAGAAUCUGGACCGAUUCCGGACCUUUCCACGCCUGGCUGGAGAGUGCGGUGGGAAGAACUUCCACUUCGUCCACUGCUCAGCUGACGUGGACAGCGUGGUGAGCGGGACCCUGCGCUCAGCCUUCGAGUAUGGGGGCCAGAAGUGUUCUGCCUGCUCCCGCCUCUACGUGCCCAGCUCACUGUGGCCGCAGAUCAAAGGGCGGCUGCUGGAGGAGCACGGCAGGAUCAAAGUGGGCGACCCUGCAGAGGAUUUCGGAACCUUCUUUUCUGCAGUAAUUGAUGCCAAGUCCUUUGGCCGUAUCAAGAAGUGGCUGGAGCACGCUCGCUCCUCGCCCAGCCUCACCAUCCUGGCAGGGGGCAAGUGUGAUGACUCGGUGGGUUACUUUGUGGAACCCUGCAUCGUCGAGAGCAAGGACCCGCAGGAUGCCAUCAUGAAGGAGGAGAUCUUCGGACCUGUGCUGACCGUGUAUGUCUACCCAGAUGACAAGUACAAGGAGACACUGCGGCUGGUCGACAGCACCACCAGCUAUGGCCUCACGGGGGCAGUGUUCGCCAAGGAUAAGAACAUUGUCCACGAGGCCACAAAGGUGUUGAGGAAUGCUGCCGGCAACUUCUACAUCAACGACAAGUCCACCGGCUCGGUGGUGGGCCAGCAGCCCUUCGGGGGUUCCCGAGCCUCUGGCACCAAUGACAAGCCUGGUGGCCCACACUACAUCCUGCGCUGGACGUCGCCCCAGGUUAUCAAGGAGACGCACCAGCCCCUGGGAGAUUGGCGCUACUCCUACAUGCAGUGAGCCCGCUCCUCCUGCUGCCCGCCUGUGUGUCCGUCCAGAUG